AUUCGGAAAAUGGAGGCGUGUGAAGGCGCAUGCGCACAUCGAAACAAUUUACUAUUUCCCAGACGUAGCACACAAGUAAGACAUCAACAAGCGUGCGGUGUUUCUGUUGCUGUGUUUGGUUGGUAAAUGCGUUACUACUGUAUUGAAGAUUAUUUUUCAACUUCAACAACUGCUUUUACGUCUAAACAAGAAACUACUUCAUUCCCUUGAAGAAAUAUGUUUGGUUUCCACAAACCGAAGAUGUACCGGAGCAUAGACGGCUGCUGCAUCUGCCGAGCCAAGUCAUCCAGCUCGCGUUUCACAGACAGCGCUCGCUACGAGAAGGACUUCCCUAGCUGCUUCGGGUUGUGUGAAACUCGAUCUGGAGACAUUUGCAACGCCUGUGUUCUGUUGGUGAAAAGAUGGAAAAAACUCCCUGUGGGCUCCAAGAAGAACUGGAAGCAUGUGGUGGAUGCCAGGGGUGGGUCAAGCUUGAGAACGACAGUGAGGCCCAAGAAGAUGAAGUCGCUGUCGAGGAGAGCGAGAUCGAGCCAGGCCAGCGGUGUGCUGAAGAGACACAACUCUGAUGCUCACAGCACUUCUAGCGCUUCCCCUGCUCAGUCUCCCAGCUACAGCAACCAGUCGGAUGAGGGCUCUGACAGCGAGCUAACCCCUGGGACUGGCCAGUCUCCCAUCUUCUCUUUCCUGGAUCUCACCUAUUGGAAGAGGCAGAAGGUGUGCUGUGGCGUGAUAUACAAGGGCAGGUUUGGGGAGGUGCUGAUUCACCCCCACCUGUAUAAACCCUGCUGCCAAAAACGCCAAGAGGCUCAACAGAAGCAGGAGGAAGAGCAUGUGGGAGAGGAAGAGGAAGAUGAGGAGGAGGAGGGGGAGGAGGAGGAGGAAGAAGAAACCCAAGAGAGCAAAGCGAGUCUUCACCCUCAGGGGGUGCAGUCACCACCAAAAGCCAAAGAGGAAGAUGAGGAAGAGGAGGGUGAGGAGGAGGAAGAAGAGUGGUGACCUCACACACUUGUGUGCAUGUGUACGCUGCACAUGGAACUCAACUGCCGCUCUGGGUCACCUUGGAGACGGUGGUCUGAGUUUUGUUCUUAUUGAAGUGGCCUCCGGUUGCCGUGGUUACUGUCUAUUCCUUGAUUAUGGGAUAGCUCCUGCUGUGUUCUGACCUGCAGCCUGACUAUUGGGCUACACAUGACCUGGACUUUCUCCUCUUUAAACAUGAAAUGCUGGAUCUUCGACCAAGCAACUGGGCACUGUGUAUGUGUGUUUGUGUAUGUGAGGGAGAGACCGAGAGAUGUGUGGAGUCAUGCGCGCACACGCACACAUGCACACACACACGCACCUGUACAGUGCAGGACUGAGCCAUGACCCUCACCAGCCUUCUCACCAGCCGCUACUGCUAGCCUUUGCCUGGGACUUCUUCCGUAUGUCCUAUACACCACUGUGUAGAGUUAUAAAAAUGCACGUGCACACACACACACGCGCACACACACACACAUGCGUGCACACCGGUGAUACUCAGCCUUAUUUGUAUUUCUGUUCUAUUUAAGGGUUUUACUCCAUUUGUUUUGGAGGAAAAGGUGAAUCUCCAGGUGUGCUACAGUACAGUGUUUUCUUAAGGCCUUGAAAAGGUAAAAUGGACGUUAUCGGUCUGCAUGAACGCAAAGUAGGUUUUUCUCCAAAGGAUCCCGUGAGUGUUUGCAUGAAAUGGACAUAUUGCAUGGCCUUAGAACGAGCUUCGGGCUCCGGUUAUAUUCAGAACUUCUUUCUGUGCAGCUCCUUAAACUGUAUUUAAAACAAAAGAUGAUUACUAUUCCUAUUUAUAAACCAUUAUCCUUUCCAGUGUAUUGAACUACUACAGUAAUUAUCUGAUUCUGGGUUGCUGGAGUUUGUAAAUAGCAUUGUUUUGAGUAGAGAUGUUUCACCCUUGUGUGUUACUGCUCCUCUGAGAACAUUCUAGAACUGGAAAGUGAAUAAGACCCCUUCCUCAUAUGUAUAGAUACUAACUAGGUAUUUCCCUCUCUGUUAUUUGUUAUCUCUAUGCUUCUAUACCCAAAUGCAUUUCCUGUAAACAUAGAGAACGGUUGAACCACAACCUCUACCCACCCCAGUUAAAAGCAUGAAAAAAAGCUUAGUGAAAGUGAUUUUGAUGGUGAAACUUGUCAUAUAUUUACACUCUCAGAAAAUGUUUGUUGUGUUUGUCAGAAUUUGACUUUCUUUCCUGUGCAGGUUCUUGUUCUCCUGCCUCUGUUAGAAUCUGUCUGCUGUGGAGCAGCUGGGCGUAAAGUUAUUUGUAACCACAAGGUGGGGCUGCUCUUUUCACUCUUGUCACUGUUCUUCCAAUAACCCUUUUGGGGUUUUUAGAGAUGAUUAUACUUUUUGUAGUAAAGGAAAAAAAACACAAAAAAAAACUUUCUUUGGUAAGUGUGUGUGUAUAAGCUUAAAAUAUUAAGUGAUAAUGCGUUUUGAAUCAGGGUGAUGUCAUUCAUUAUAUUUCUCCAUUCCAUUUAGACAUGUAAUUCACAGUGCUGUAUGUGUACAUUUUUAUACACGGUUUGUUAACUUUUGAAUCCUUGUGUUGAAACUAUGAUGAAUUUCCUGACUUGUCUGUAUGCAAAUUUAUAUGCCAGUUUGUCACAACCUUUGUUAAUAUUCAUAAGAUUAUUUUGAUUUUAUCAAUAACAUGAUUCAAUUCCACAAUAAGAAUAUUAGAUUGAAUGCAUUGGCAGCUAUCCUCUUUAAAUACUUUCCGUGAAUAUUGUAUGCAGUUUACCAAGGGAAGGCUCACACUGUACUGUGAGCUAGUUAUAUCGGUUUGUCAUGUAUAUGUGUGAACACUACAUGGUACCUUUUUGUGUUUCAUUUUCUUCAUCUCUGAAAGAGUUGCGUGUACAUAUUUAAUCAGGUAAAUACUUGUAACGGUGGAACUUUCUCUGUCUUAUUUAUUUCUAUUUAUUUGUAUUUGUAUGAAUUUCUGCUGAAUGUCUCUUAAUUCUGCUCUAAAUCAGGUUGGGUUUUGGGCACCGCUAAGAUCUCUGAUGUAAAUGGCUCCUUUAUUCAUGAUGUCAUCAUCUAUCGUCACUCACACAUCUGCGAAAUUGUAAGGUGUGAUAUUGUUGCCUGGCAACUAGGAUUUGUUCUUUUGAGGAGGGGUGUUUGGCAGAAUGAUCCAUUAUGGUUGCCAGGGUUCGCCUGAAAUGGUUAUUUCUGUUAUUUGGUCAUUGUAACCAAGUAAAAUUUGGUUAUUAAUACAUAAACUCACUGAGCGCUUUAUUAGGUAUUCAUUAGACUUUCUUUUUUUGUACUUACUGGUUUUCUGCUGCUGUAGCCUAUCCACUUAGAGCUUUGACCCGUUGUGUGUUCAGAGAUGCUCUUCUGCAUGUAAUAUCUGGUUAUUUGUGUUCCUGUAAGCUUUGACCAGUCUGGCCCUUCUCUUCUGACCUCGCUCAUUAACAAGUCUUUGCCUGCUGAACUGAUGCUCACUAGAUUUCAGAUUUUAUUUGUUUUACGCUCCAUUCUCUGCAAACUCCAGAGUGUUGCAUGUGAAAAUCCCACGCGAUCAGCAGUUUCUGACAUACUCAAACCACCCUGUCUGGCACCUAUAAUCAUUCCAUGGUCAAAGUCAUUUCAAUCACAUUUCUUCCCCAUUCUGACAUUUGGUCUGAAAAACAGCUGAAUCUUUUGCAUGCUUUUAUUGAUUUAGUUUCCGCCACAUGAUUGGCUGAUAUUUGCAUUAACACGCUGGUGUACAGAUCUAUCUAAUAAGGUGCUCGCUGAGUGUACAUUCUGUAUUGGCUGUAAUAAAGUCUUGACCUAUGUGUAUGUGGCUACCACUUGCAGUGGACCGCACCAACUGGAUCUUAUGUUUGAUUCUUUCAUGUGGUUUCCUCAGCCAAAUCUGAAUAAUGAGGUCUGUUGAGAAUUGUGUGCUGAGUGUAAUCGCCCUCGAUCCCGCCUGAUGUGCUUCUAGAUUAGCCCUUAGCUGCAGGCCCGCAUGCCCUUUCUGCACUUUCUAUUUAUCACCGUAGAGAAAUAUGAUGCAAGUUUUGUAUUUUUAUACAUAUUGUACUUUUUUACUAGUUCUCCAAUAAAAGUAGUUUGAAGUUU